GCACUGCUCGUCUCGAGGAUGGAUCACUGGAAGUUGCCACCAAUCCCUUUUUUGAUGAACUAUUCCGACAUUGGUACGUUCGUCUUCGGCCUGGUGUUAGAAUGAUUCAGAUCGAGGUGGAAGAUUCUGAUGACGAAUCCACCGACUUUUCAGAUUUCAUUCAGGUCAAGAUGGACCCAUACAUAGAGGAUAGCAAACAGAACCUCUCCACCUCUGUCAGCCUUGAACCAGCUUCGGGAGUGAAACCAGUUGUGGAAGGUGAACAACCUGUGAAGGUUGAGCCCGCUACUUCAGGGAAUGUUACACAGUGCUCGGAACAUGGUGUGAAAGCUCCCCUUGUAGUUACCAUUGAUGAUGACAACAGUCCCAUGAAAGACACCAAGGGGGAUAAGGAUAAGACCUCUUGCGUGACUCCAGACCAGCCCACAACUGCUGACGACAUCAAAGCCCGAAUUGCGUUGGAACUUGCAAAGAGACGUGCUUCCAAGUUUGCCAUGGACAAUGCAGAGACACAACCUUUGCCACCCUCUCUGUCCGAUGCUGUUGCUUCGGCUGGUGCUUUGGCUUUGACCCCUUCGCCUGACCAUGCAGGAGCGGUUCAGGAAAUGAUGCCUACUGAUGAUGGUUGCGAUGAUGGUCUCAGGCGCUCUCUGCAGCGCCAGUUCUCGGCAGAGGAGCAUUUGGGUGUGGCUGAUGGCUCACAGGAGGCUACACCAGUUGGGGGUGUGGCUGAUGGCUCACAAGAGGCCGCACCAGUUGAUCAUGGGCUUGAAGGUGCUGUCCCGGAUCAUGAAUUGGGAUUGGUGCCAAAUCCAGUUGAGGAUCAGCUUGGUGACCUUGUUGCCAAGGCCGAUGAAGCUCCUAUGGCUGCAUGCGAUGCGCUGGACCAGAUGCCUGACCAUGUGCCUCCAUCUGUGGAAAAGGAGUUGGAUUGUCAGUUGAUUGAGGAUGCCUUCGUGGAGAAACAACAGGCUGUUCCAACACCUGCAAAUCCAGAAACCACUCCUUCUGUGGAGGCCCUUUGCUCAGCAGUGCCUGCACCUUCACAGCCUGUGAAUGCUUGUGAGGGUGCGCUGAUGGCUGGUGGUUGUGACGAUGAACCAAUGCUUGAAGAUGAGAAUGGAGAGAUGGGUGAGAUGAAAGAUGAGAAGAUGGUGGUUGCUGAUGAGAUCAGUGAUGGGGGUGAAGAUGAUGAAGAGCCUCCUGUCGUUCCGAGGAGAGAUCAGUGGUCUUUGCGACCUGCUCCCAAGCCUCGAGGGCGAAAGCCCAAGGCUGCAGCCAAAGCCAAGGAGGCAAAGCCCAAGACGGCACCGCGUACUGGAGGCCGCAAAAACACCCGCAAGUUCAUCACUAUCGAUGACAUUGUUCCCCCGACCCCAGCACCACCAGCUGUUGCUGCUGAUGGCAACGGUGCUGUGCCUCCAAAGGCAGUCGAGAAGAAGCAGCCUCGUAAGAGGGCUGCAAAGGCCAAGGCUUCUGGUUCUAAGAAGAAGCGCCAAGCUUCUGCUGCCUCCGAGGGUGAGAAGCCGCUGUCUGCCAAGGACAAGGAAGAUGAAAAAAACAAAAUUGUUUGGACACAUGUUUCAAAAGAAGCUGCUCCUGUGGUUGCCGGAAACCUCAAAUGGGCCCCUGUGCAGGACAAAGCUGUGGAUGAUAAGGUUCUUCCUGAAGCUCCCAAGGAUGAUGCGGCUGAGCCCAUGGGCAGCUCUGGAAGCUCUGGACAUGUUGAGAAACCCAAGACCGAUGGUCCCGGCAGUUGCAAUGAUGAUCGACGUGAAGGUGAUGCUAAAGGUGAUGCCAAAGCUGAGCAUGUGAAAUCCUUUGCCAGGAGAUUCAUCCCGAAAUUGACACCUGCUCGUGAGCGUUGGUUAGCAGUCCGAGAUGUCUUCAACCAGCAUGUGAAGGAUUGCAUUGAGGAGCUUGGUUUCAAGCCCUACCCUGUGGAGAUUCAAGCGCGGAUGCAUUGCGAGCAUUUGUGGCUGCUGCAAACCAGCAGGAGCAGCAAUUCGGAUGAGCUUUUGGGGGUGGCGGCCAAAUAUGUGGCCAGUCAAAUCAGUGCAUCAAGGCACGUGAUAUCACGUGAUCUCGAUGUGGCAGAGUCGCAUUGCAAGCCUCACAUUGACUGCUUGGUGUUGACCAUGGCGGAGUUUCGGUUGCGAGGUUGGCUAUACAUCUACUUCUUUGCAGCGAUUCAGUUGCAGCAUUUUAUGCUGUUGUAUGCAGCUCCUGGGCAGUACACCUUCAGAUUCGCUGCCAAAAUGGUGUCCUUGGUUCCGAAGGUAAGUGCUCCAGGAACUUUGAUUGGUGUUGUGAUGGAACUUCCAUCACGGGUUUGGUCCACAGAAACCCUGAAAAUUGGUUUGCAAAUGGUGGAAAACGGGGCUGGCCUACCGGAUUCCAUGUCCAGUCGCAGUGAUUAUGAUAUUCAACAAGAAAUCGAUGCCUUGAAGGAACCAACGGUGGAUCUUGCUGAUGCUGCCGAGGAACGAAUCAUGGUGAAGACUGCUGAUGCUGCUGAUUCACAGCCAUCUGCAGCGGAUCUUCUCUUGGCCUUGCAAGAUGCUGGGCUAGAUACUGUUGAUGAUCACUUGGACGCUCCCAUGGAUGAGGAAGCUCACCUUGACCACGAUCCCUAUGGGUUCUUUGAGAGUUAUGAGGCAUCCAGCGUCAGUGACGACGACGAGACUGACCAAGAAACAAUGUGCGAUGAUGCGAAGAACCGUGAGAAUACAAAGAACCUGGACAAUGCUGUCAGUGCCAAUGAGAUGAAGCGCAUUGGCAGAUUGUUGACCCCACGACAAGAUGGAACGCUACUAGAAGCCUUCAUAGCCAAAGCCAAACGGGUGGUAGAAUCCACUCAAGAAAAUGAUUUGUGGGUCGAUGGUGCCUUCAUGACUGAGAAGAUGAUGACUGACGAGAACUUCGAUUUGCGUGAUCGCUAUGAGAAGCACCUCCAAGUGUACUGGGUGGAAUCCCAGAUGGCUGGUCGACGUUUGACCUUUGUUUGCAUCUUUGUCAACUUGUGUGAUAUAGUGAAGAGAAGGAAAACAACCUUCACCGAGGAGGAAGAGGUGGAGGAAGGAGCAGUAGAUGCAGAUCUGCAGGAUGUGCUUCCGAAUGAUUUUAUCCUUCCGGAAGACAACUCAGAUCCUGCAGAAGUGAUCGAAGCAGGUGGUGUUGAUUCGCAACAAAAGAUCAUGGACAAAACCGGCAAGGUGGAUGCUGCAAUCUUGGGCAUCAUUGACAAAAUCAAUCAGGUCAACACGGAUGGCAUUGUUGAUGGAUAUUCGCAUCAGCACCAAGACGAGUUGGAAACGCUGUACAAGGAGUCUCGCCAGCAGUGCGCUGCAGCACUGAACAUGGUCACGAGGCCACUUAUGAGCCACAUCAAAUCGAAGAUGAACAGGGAACGACGUGAGCGUGAAAAGGCUGAGGCUGAGGUGACUCAAAUGCGUCGCGAACUGCUGGGCCUUUGCUGGAGCAUGUGGUGGAAACAAUUGCGGAUGGU